GCAUGUGGCAGUUCACAGAAACUAUGAACAGCAAGUUAAAAGUAAAGACGCAUACAAGACAAGUGAGAGAUGGUACCAUGGAGUCCCUCACUUCUGAUUUAAAAGAAGAGAAAUGUAGGCAGCUCUGCGGCUUGCUGGGGAAUGUGAAACUGUCUCUUCUCUACAAAGCUUCUGUUCAUGGAUAUCAAGCUUCUGCUUUCCACCAGCGAUGUGACCAUCAGGGUCCCACCUUACUUGUAGCCUACAACCAUUCAGGCUACAUCUUUGGUGGAUACACCAGUGUAGAUUAUACUCAAAGUGGUCAGUAUAUUACAGAUGAGGAGGCUUUCCUGUUCAGCUUUCAGGGCAAGAUCCCUGUGUGUAUCAAAAUGAUUUGCGAGUAA